AGAAGAUCAUACCGUGGCAAAACCUGAUCAGCGUUUCUUCGCUUGUACCAGCAACACCACACCACACCAGGCCAUGGCUAUGGCUCUGGACUCCGAAACCGACCUGUCGUUUCCCUACUGGACCUCCGUUCGCCGACGUUUCGGUCCCGAUUCUUCUUUCUUUGCCAGCGGAAACCUCGAGAGAGAACUUCUCGCCAAACAGGUUUUUUCUUUUUAAUUUC